GUUCUAAGAUGACAGCAAAAUUACCAUCGGUAAACGGAGCAGCGGAUCGAUCCUAGUGAAAAUGUUACUGAUCGACAGAAAUUCGCCAUCUCGAGCACGCUGCUGGUGGCUGCUGGCAUAUCUUGGAAAUUUAUCUAUCUGAAUUGGUCCACAAUGAGUGAAAGACAACAUUUUGCUGUAUGAACUAACACCAGGACACAGACAAAGGGCCACGAACCGACGGCGAUCUCGUGCGGGCUGGACCGCGCACUGUCGCUGUCUGCCGCGGCGGGCGGCCGCAUUCUCAGUUCCGGCAGAGUCCGAGAGAUGGCAGUGAUUACGAUCAAUCGAUAUCAGCCGUCCCACGGCGGCUCCGCUGUCCGGCUUCUGGCCAGUGGGAAUUUGUAUGCGCUGGAGCGGAGCGAGCCGAGUGCGGCGGUGUGUGUGAGUGUGUGUGCGCGGUGCCGGCGGCGCCCCUACCUGUGGUGAUACGGGCGCUGCGGACGGGGCGGGGAGGCCGGCGGGCCACGGGCGACCGAUCCCCCGCAAACGGAGAGCGGGCGCAUUGUCUGGAUCGCGGCCACGGCGCCGGUGGCGUCUCGGUGACCGGCCGGGUCACGCCAGCUGGCCACUGUCGCCCGCGAGCCCGGCCAUUGGCGAUGAGCUCCAACGCUGCCGCCUCCAGCGAUUGAGAGCGGGUGGUGCCUGUGAUGGCCAGCGGCGGUCCCGGGCCGCCGCUGGGAGAGCGGCUCGGACCGCGCUCCUGCUCCGGAGAGCGGCUCGGACCGCGGUCUUGUUCCGGAGACCGGCUCGCGCCGCGGUCCUGCUCCGGAGACCGGGACCGAGACCGGGACCGGGACCGGGAGCGGGAGCGGGCCGGCACCCGGUCCGCCCCGGCCCCCGGUCGGCCCCUCACCCUGGAGCGCGAGGUGGGCGUAUGGGACACGGUGCUCCUCGAACCGCUCACCGAGCAGGCCUUCAUCGCCAACCUGCACCAGCGCUACAAACACGACCAGAUCUAUACCUACAUAAGUCAAGUGUUGGUGUCUGUGAACCCGUACAAAAAGCUGCCGCUCUACUCCAGUGACGUAAUACGAGCGUAUCGCUCGUGUUCCCGCUUCGAGUUGCCGCCGCACGUGUACGCCGUGGCCGAGGAGGCGUACCGGGCCGUGCGGGAGCACAACUCGGACCAGUGUGUUGUCAUAUCGGGCGAGAGCGGCGCCGGCAAGACAGAGGCCUCCAAGCUCAUCAUGCAGUACGUGGCGGCCGUCUCCGGACGAGCCAAGGAGGUGAACGCCAUCAAGGGCCAGCUGCUGCAGUCCAAUCCUGUGCUGGAAGCGUUUGGGAACGCCAAGACUCAUCGCAAUGACAACUCAUCUCGUUUUGGCAAAUACAUGGAUCUGGAGUUCGACUUCAAGGGAGAUCCGAUCGGUGGCCUUAUCACAAACUAUCUCCUGGAGAAGAGUCGAGUGACGGCGCAGCAGCCGUGCGAGCGCAACUUCCACAUAUUCUAUCAACUGCUCACCGGGGCCGACAUUCAGCUGCUCAAAUCGCUCAAAUUGCAACGGAAUGUGGAAAACUACGAUAUUUUGAAACAGGGAAGACCUCUUCAGUAUGAAACCCUGGACGACAAACGGGACUUCCAGGUCACAAGAAGGGCGAUGGAUAUCCUGGGGCUCACGGCUGACGAGCAGCAGGCCAUUCUGAGGGUGAUCGCGUCCGUGCUAAAGCUCGGCAACGUGACCUUCUCGCCCGUGAACAACAUUGACGGCUCCGAGGGCUGCGUGGUGGACAAUGAGUACGAGGUGCUGGGCACCAGCGACCUGCUGCUGGUUAGCUUUGAGACGCUGCGCAGCGCGCUGACCCAGCGGCUUGUGACGGCUCUGGCUUCCGACUGCGGCUCGAGCGUUGCCUGCUCGCCCGUCACCCUGCCCUCCAGCGCGGCCAUCUACACAGAUCUGCAGGACGCCUGUGAGCUGCUGCACACGGACACCGCCUCGCUGCAGGCCUCUCUGACGUCACACACGCUGGACGGCCGGCUGGACGCCGUCACCGUGGAGCUGAGCGCCGCAGAGGCCUGCUCCGCCAGAGACGUGCUCGCGCGGGCCCUCUACUCGCGGCUCUUUGCCUGGAUAGUGAUGCGGAUCAACGAAACUAUCAAGCCAAAGAAGCACGCCAAGCGGAAAGUGUUGGGUGUUCUGGACAUCUAUGGGUUCGAGGUGUUCGAGCGAAACGGGUUCGAGCAGUUCUGCAUCAAUUUCUGCAACGAGAAGCUGCAGCAGAUCUUUAUCCAGCUGGUGCUGCGCGAGGAGCAGGAGGAGUACGUGCGCGAGGGCAUCGAGUGGACGCCUGUCGAUUACUUCAACAACGCCGUUAUCUGUGAUCUUAUCGAAAAGACCAAUCAGGGUAUAUUAUCAAUGUUAGACGACGAGUGCCUGAAGCCCGGCCACGGCUCUGACGAGGGUUUUCUGUCCCGGUUGAACGCCGCCUGCUCCAACCAUCCUCACUUCUCGGUGAUCAGCGACAACAGCUCGCCGGCACACUGCUUCCGGUUAAAACACUAUGCCGGAGACGUGACCUACGAUGUGACCGACUUUGUGAAGAAGAACGUGGACGCCCUGAGUAGGGACCUCAGCUUGGUGAUGUACCGCUGCGACCUGCCGCUGAUGAAGGCUCUCUUCCCAGAGGGCAAUCCGAAGCGCGUCACCCUCCGCCGCGGCACCUCCGCCAGCGCCCAGUUCAAGAUCUCGCUCGGAGCUCUGAUGAAGAGCCUGGCGGCCAAGCAGCCCCACUACGUGCGCUGUGUCAAACCCAACGACACCAAGGUGGCCAAUGAGUUCGACUCUGAGCUGGUGCGACAUCAGGUCCGCUAUCUCAAUCUGCUGGAGACGGUUCGCGUCAAGCGGGUAGGGUUCGCGUUUCGCCAGUCGUACGAGUCGUUUCUGGCUCGCUACAAGAUGCUCUCGCUGCACACGUGGCCGUCGUGGUGCGGUCUGGCCGCCGAGGGCGUCACCUAUCUGCUGCGCGACCUGCCCAGCUCCAUGGCCGAGUACGCCUUCGGACGGACCAAGCUGUUCAUCCGGAGUCCGGAGACGGUGUAUGAGCUGGAGGAGUACCGCCGGGAUCGGCUGGAAGAGCUGGCCACCCUCAUUCAGAAGACGUGGCGCGGCUGGCGGCAACACCGGCUCUUCGAGGCCAUGCGCAAGUCGCAGAUCAUCAUCGCGUCCAACUGGAGAACGUGGAAGGCCAAGGAGGAGCUGCGUGCCAUGAAGCAGCGCCGGCGCACGGAGUGGGCCGCCCGGCUGGUGCAGCGCGCCUACCGCGGCUGGAAGCGGCGCCGCUUCCUGCUCCGACUGGCCCACCACCUGCCCUCCGAGAGCCCACUGUGCCGGGAGUGGCCGCGGGCCCCACCGCCCUGUCAGCACGCCAGCGCGCUACUCUACAAACUCUACCACAAGUGGCGGUGUCACAAGUACCGGAUGCGCUUCGAUCAGACGUCGAGGAACCGGAUGAGGGAAAAGGUCACAUCUAGCAUCAUUUUCAAGGGACGGAAGGCGUCCUACCCAAAAAGCCUGAACAAACACUUCCGUGGCGACUAUGUGAAGCUGAGGAAAAACAUGUUCUGGAAGAAGUAUGUGAACCUCAACUGGGAUGACAGACACGUUGUGUUCGCUGCUGUGGUGAACAAGGUUAACCGCAGCAACGGACAGUUCGUGCCCGUGCUGUUCGUGCUGAGCACCAGCUCAAUGCUGAUCCUGGAUCAGCGCACCAUGCAGAUCAAGUACCGCAUUCCGGCGCCGGAGAUCUAUCGGAUCUCGCUGAGUCCUUUCCUGGACGACAUCGCUGUCUUCCACGUGCGAGCGCAUUCGCCGACACGCGAGACCACUGUCGAGGAGCCCAACCUUCCGGGCUGUCUGAUGGGAGGCGGCGACAGCGGUAGCAAGCACCGCAAGGGCGACCUCGUCUUCCAAACCGGCCACGUGAUCGAAAUCGUCACCAAACUAUUCCUGGUGAUCCAGAAUGCCACGGGGAAGCCGCCGGACAUCAACAUCGACACAGAGUUCGAGGCGAACUUUGGCCAGAGCGAUGUGGUGUUCUCGUUCAAGGCAUCUGGCCACCCUGACAUGCCUCCCGGUCAGAUCCGUAUCAUUCGGAGGGCCAAUAAGAUGGAAGUGAUCUUAUGAGGACACGCCUCAGAACGAUAGUGUUUCUUGUUGAGGGUUAGGUGCCUGUUGACGACUGGACCGACCCGGGUCGCUCCCGUUGCAGCCCCAUCUUCAUUGCAUCGUUUGCGGCUGGCCAGGUCAUUGAACUGCCGUCGUGGGACGUGGCCACCCUGACUCCGCCUCGGGCAGUCACGUGACCGCUCGUAAGGCCCCGGCUGUCCUCCACGCCGCUGUGAGUGCAGCGGCGGUCAGAUACGGCGACUCAGUGUUCAAACGGAGCCCAGGGCGGUGCGAGCGUGGCUGGAUGGCUGGCGCCGAGCAGAGAGGCUAUAAAGUAUAAAUCGGGCUGCAGAUGAGCCGGCAGACAGGGUCACCCACCAUCAGCCGCCGAACAGGCUGGCUGUAAAUUUCGCGCCUGUUCCGUGCGAACGGGCCGUUUCGAGCCUCCGUCAGCCAGCUGCGGUCAGAGCCGAGACCAGUCGUUUGUUGGAGCCGGUCUAGUGAAGACCUACAUACAUUUACGAGAGUGCGAUGUCUGUGUGAGGGGUGCGGGCUGCCACGGCGGCCCGACGUGUUGUGGUGCGGUAAGGAGCUGCUGGGCGGCCGGGGCACUCAUCCAUUUUGUAUCAUUGUGCUGGCACCAGACGCCGUGAAGACAGGAAGUGAAAGGAACGUGGUGCGUUGGGUGUUGAAAUCAGUUUCGAGGCAUAUGGUGCAUUUUGUUUUUGCCGGGGCAAUAUUUACCCUACGUUGUUUUUGAUUGUCGACCCCAGGUGUGGUUGUUUCUUGGUUCACGUACUGGAUUCACUAGACAGAGCUGGACAAGUGCUCUGACAAGCACAUCUUAUUUUCAACUUUUUUGCUACACGAUAUCAGCGCGACAAGAAACCCCCUACAAACAAAUUCUGAAACUAAAUUCACAUUUUGUUGCUAUACAAUAGCAAUACCUGCUGAGGAAAACGUUGUCUUAUGCAGUGGUACUUGAACAUAAAGUGUCAUGACCCAUAAACUAAUUCUGAUGCUUAAAUAUCUGAGACGAGCGUUUCACUGCCUCUUUCAAAUUACGUACAAGCGCUCAUUUCAGAAAAUCAGACCAUUGACACCGUAAUCGGUGGGCUAUCUGUCCUGAAAAAUGAGCUAGUUUCAACAUUUAGAUCGUUAAAUAAACUAUGCUUCUUAUUGCCUAUUCACUAAGCCUUGUUUGGAAUUAGCGAUAUUGCGAAUUUUAUAAAAGGUGUAACGUGUCCAAUUUGUGAAUCUGAAUAGAAUUCACGCAAAAAAUGCUAUUGGGACUUCUUUCGAAGAAAUUCGCGCUUCUCCUUAACCCUAUUAGUGGCAGGGGGGGGUGUUUUUAUCCACCCCUCAGGUUUUUCGGGAAUAUCUCCGAAACCGCUGAAGCUACGAUGCUGAAAUUUUCUGACUUUUCCUAAAACUAAAUUGGGCACAUUCCCUGAAAAUUUCAAGUUCAUAACUUUACCAGGGGCGGCUCCAGAGCACUGGGAAUUGGGGGGUCCUAUUCGUGAAGCGUCAUUUGGGCGAAGAUCACGAUGCUGCACCAGUUUUACGAACAGUGAAUGAAAGGUAUCAUGUGAUAACAUAUACAAAGUUAUUGUGCAUCCUCUUUUGACACGUUUUUGGUAUAAUAGGCGGAUCCAGGCGUCCAAAAAGGGGGGUUAUUUUUUACCUCCCAACAUAGGUGCCCUGACACCGCCUAUGCAUGACCAAUACAAUUUUAGUCGUUCUCUCAUGAGAAAAUUGUAACAUAACAAGACCAUUGCCACCCUUUUUAGAAACAGUACCAACAAAAACCUUAUUUACUAUACUUUUUGUGUACCCCCAAUCUCAAUGAUCUGUAUCCGCCUAUGAUUUUUGAAAAUGCAUAUUUUUAGUAUCCAUGUGAAUUCCUGGUUCAUUCUCUAUCGAUCGGCAAAAGUUGCGUUAAGAUUGGUUCAGAAACCUGGCCGUGAUAAACAGUCUAAAAUGUAUCUGCAAUUUGCCCGUUUUUACCCCCCCUUUACCCCCUAUUGACAUUUUUUAAUUUUUUUUUUAGAAAUGUAGAUCUCGUUGAGCGAAAUCGAAUGCCGUUUGAAUUUUGAAAAUCGGCCCGUUAGAUCUCGAGAUAUCAAGGGGGGGUCUAAACAGCCCCCCCCCCUGCCACUAAUAUGGGGUAGCCAGGAGCCUGCCACUAAUAGGGUUAACAUCUGCCAAUAUUUUUCGUUAUUUGUUAGUUACAGCUUAGAGGUGACUAUGCAAAUUGUUUUUCGUGGUAACACGCGUAACUUGGAUAGCAGCUAAUUUUGUUGGUGCUGAAAUCAAAGUUUUCACAGUUUUGUCAUUGACGCGUACCUAUUUGUUCUAAGUGAUCGUCCUCCGACCCUUGAUCCCCGUCUCCUUUCCCUUACCCGGAAGUUCAUUGAUUGAUGUGUGAGACAGUAUUGAGCGGCACUUUAUUUCGGGGCUCUGUCUAGACUGUCCAUUUGUCGAUGCGGACAGGACAUUUGUUGUUGGGUCUUCCCAGGCAGCUGGCUGCGGCCCCGGACGGCUGUUUGGCUUCCGUCAGCGUCCGGGCUCCUUUGUCACAGAGAACGGGUGUCUUCCAACACCAUGUCUUUGAUUUGUGUUGUACGCUGCCCCCUUGUUUGUUUUUCAGAUGGGUUUAGCGCUAGUGUUCUUGCAUCUGUACAUAGCUCACUGCUCCAGUGUUCUUCCACGGCGUGCAAGUAACAUUGUACCAAAUCCUUGGAGACCAAGCGCCGGUGCAGCUCGCCCCUGACACGGCCGGCCCGGUGAGAUUGAACUAUGUCCUUUCGGAGCGCUGGCCGACGGCGGCCAGCACGCUCCCGUCUUUUUUAGUCUCUCCCCGUCUGUGUUACCGAUCCAGGCGACUGCGUUGUGUACAAUGUACACCUGUUUCCGGCCGGGUGCUGGGCGCCGGUACCCCGGCGGGCGAGUGCAAUCAGUGCAGGUACCCGGGAGGCGGCCGCUGCCGGCCGACCGACCCCGGCGCGCCGGCGACGUCACAUUUGUACUGCCCUCACACGGGCACGGGGCGAUACGGCAUUGGCUUGUUAUUCAAUCGUGUGUCCAUGCAAUAAUACACAGACGACUGUG